AUGACAUUCACCAGCGGCGGAGGCGACAACUACCGUCCUGGCGGUGCUCAGCAGGGUCGUAACAAUUCUGAAUUUACAUUCGCGUCGAACCACGAUGGACCACGGUUCCCACCCGCUGGGCCGGCCAAUGCAGGGCCACCUGCGCGGAGGCGCAAUAACCGUGGUGGUGGUCAACAUGGCCAGCGCGACUCGAGACGCGGUGAAUCUAACGGCUUCCGUGGCCGAGGCGGUGGCCGAGGAGGCUACCGCAAGCCUGGAGCCCAUGAGCGCGCUCUCCUUACAGUCCAAGAUUGUGGCAGCCCUGAGCGUACAUUGGGUGUCGCCGAUGGAUCCAAUAAGUUCAUGAACCUUAAUGAGAUGUCUGAAGACGAACAAGAGGAGGAGAUCAGCAAAGACACCGAAGCGACUUCAACUGAUGCUGAGAAGGGUGUUCAUAAGGUUGCUCGCACAGCGAAUGGACGCGCUGAUGGUGACUCGGUUCCAAAGUGGAGCAACCCGGAGAUCUACUCUGCCCUCCCUCCACCCGAGGAGCUGAGACCAGGCAAGAAGAUUGACUUCGUCCAGCUGAUUCGAAAAGCGAAGAACGAAGCAGCCGAGAAGGCCGAUGGCAACAAUGCUGUGGCCGCGAACGACGACUUCAUCUCGUUUGGAGAUGACGAUGGCUCUGCUAAAGGCACUGAUCUGCAAAGCCUUGACAACGACGAACCCAGGACGAACAAGCGACCACAGAACGGCGGAUUCGUACAAGGCCCGAUGAACGAUCUCGACUACGUCGACUCUAUCAUCAACGGUGGUUCCCAGAACAAGCGCUCGCACCAAGCUGCUGAUCUACAUGAGCAGCCACAGCAAAGCAAAGCAAAGCGCAAGCGAGGAGAGGUCGAGAACGUGCGCGGCAUUGUACAAGAGUGGAUGGGCACUGCGCGUUGCGACACAGCGCCAUGGCUUGAUCCACGACACAACUAUGCGCAUCUCGUCAAUGACCCGCUAAAGUGGUUACAUAAUGAGAUCCUCGACUUCUACGACUUUGUCGCGCCCCAGCCAUAUGAGCAUGACGUUCGCCACCGACUCGUUCAGCGCGUCCAGCAAGCUCUAGGCACUCAGAGGUUUCCCCAAGACACCGGUCGUAUUCUGUGCUUUGGAUCAUUCCCUGCUGGAUUGUAUCUACCUACCGCGGAUAUGGAUCUCGUUUAUACCUCUGACAGGUUCUACCAGGGUGGCCCGGCAGCCAUGGACUUCAGCAACAAGAGCAUCGUCAACUCCACUUUGAGGAAAGCCGCCAGGAGACUCGAGAAUGUAUGCAUCGCCACCAACGUGCUGUGCAUCACCAAAGCCAAGGUUCCAAUUAUCAAGUUCGUGGACCGAGUGACCAACAUCAAUGUCGACAUCUCUUUCGAGAACCUCAGCGGUGUUCAAGCACAGGCGACAUUUCAACAGUGGAAACACGAUUACCCCGACAUGAUCUACAUGGUUGCUCUGCUGAAGCAGUUCCUAGUCAUGCGUGGUAUGAACGAGGUUCACACUGGUGGUAUCGGAGGCUUUACCAUCAUUUGUCUCGUUAUCAGUUACUUUCAGCAUAGCAAGAAGCCAGAAAACCUGGGUGACUGCUUCCUGGGCUUCCUCAACUACUACGGCAAUGAGUUCGACCUUAGGACCCAGCGUAUACAGAUGCAUCCCCCUGCGAUCGUUCGAAAGGAUGGAUACGAUGUCGAUGGCCGUGAGGAGAGGCCCAAUGGCUUGUCAAUUCAGGACCCGAAUCGUCCAGAGAACAACAUCUCAGGAGGAUCUCACAAAGCAUGGGAAGUGUUCCAAGCUUUCCGCUCCGCGCAUAGAGUGUUGAAAGAUCGUAUCGACUCGAGAAGCCCCGGUAGAAGCAUUCUUGAAUGUCUUUUGGGUGGCAACUACGAAACGUACAUCGUGCAGCGGCGUCAUAUGCAGACUCUCAAGUAA